AUGCCUCCUCUGUCGGCCUACACUCCAUUUGAGUCGCUCCUCUUCUUCCAGUCCCUGGCGACGUCCGAUGAUCGCCCAGCCAGCUUUGGGUCCAUUUCGGCCCUGUUGCGCAGCAACCCCUUCGUGCGCCAACAUGUAGCCUUCAACGCAGACCGACUCAGCUCGGAGGCCCUGGAGGAUCUGUACGCGACACUCCUGCGCGAUGGGUAUGAUCGGGAUAAUUCAGGCGCUAGCAACCCCAAAAAGCGCAAGAUUUCAAGCCCAAAGCCGGACGGAUUCGCCGACGGAGUCACCCAUGCGAAGCUCAUCCCGGAACUCGUGUCGCAUUUGUAUGCGAGGUAUCGGGAGCUCGUCACCAAGGAAAUCAGAGAUGAUGAGAAGAGGUACAUCGAAAUCAAGAAUGAACUCGAUCGACUGCAGAAGGAAGCGCACAAGGCGGAAUCUGCCAAACCGGAGGACGUUCCUGAAUCGAUGGACAUUGAUGUAAAGGAAGAGACGCCGCACCCUGAGGAAACAGGCAAAGCGUUGGCAGGACCUGUUCCAGAGAAAGCCGCUACAGUACAGGAAGCUCAACCAUCCGUCAAUGACAUUACAAAAGUGACGACUCUUCCAGAGAAGGCCGGACAACCACAACCACCGUCCACCAAUGGCCAGCCCUCUCUGCCAGGAACUCAACCCGCGAUUGCGCCACGGGCACAGCCAGUCGAUGCAGCAACACCAGGAGCAGCGGCUCAAGCUGUGCGGGCAACCGCCGCCCAUCCAUCCCAACUUCCACCACGUGCCAAUGUUCCUGUGGCAUCGACACCCGCUGAAAAACCAGGUCCUGCAGUUUCUACCGAGUCUACAGCUACUCCGCGCGUGUCAGCACAACCGACUUUCCAGCAAUGGCAGCUGGAACCAUCUCCUCAAUCUCCAUACCCCGCCAUUACUCCCGGCACGGCUGCACCACAAGUUGGCCAGACGACUGGCAAGCAGCCGUUACCACCUAUUUCCACCGCGCAGCCUCCACUAAUUCCAUCAACGCCGGGUGCAUCGGCUGCUCACACCCCAGUACCCAUCGGGCAUGCUCGUAUGUCCCAAACGCCAAGUGCCACCGCCCUAUCGUUCUCGGAGUCUCGUCGUGGUUCACGCCCACGGUUGUCCAUUGACACUCCUGGUUCCUCCACACCAUGGAGAAGAACUCCCCAUUUGAGCGUCCCCGGAUCGCCGGUAUCCCCCGUGCGCCCUGGUCCAGAUGAUGUCAGUCCUAUCAGUGAACGAGCCCCUUCUCCGGGUGAUGAGGUUGAAACCUCCAUGCGGGGUGGUCGUGCCGCAAAGAAGACUCGACGUGCCGCUGCCGCCGAGGACAAGGCCGGCCCAAAAAUCAAAACCGAAAAAGAGCCGGGCCGAAGGAAGCGUGCUGUGAGCGCCGCUUCGUCGCGCAGUCGCAGGCAGUCUGUGGUUUCGCGUGACGAGGAAUCUCCCGAGCCUCCAGAAGACGGGGACCGUGACCUGCGGUCCCGCAAGGAUGAACCACUCGCCAAGAGUCGCUCUAAGCGCAAACGUGGCCCUAGUGAAGCCUUGGAACAAGAGCCUCUUCCCCCCGAGACUCCGAAAAUUGACACGACGCGAUAUGUCCUGUGUGCUCGUGGUUUCCACCGGACUGCUCAGACAAUCUUGAACGACGUGACCAUGCAUAAACUCGCUUCGAUCUUCGCAAAGCCUCUGACAGAACGAGACGCGCCGGGAUACCAUGACCUUAUCUACCGUCCACAGGAUUUGAAGUCUAUCAAAUCCGCCGUUCACCAGGCCAGCAAAGCAGUCUCCGCCGCAGCCGAGGCACCGGUGACGGCGAGUCUCCCCGCUCCCGCAGCGGGGACGCCAACGAGGAGUGGCAUGCUCCAAUUACCCAAAACAGAGGAUCUGAUACCGCCCAAGGGUAUCGUCAACUCGGCGCAGCUGGAGAAAGAGCUCACCCGCAUGUUUGCCAAUGCUAUCAUGUUCAACCCCAUCCCCGAGCGUGGUUUCGGUCCUGCCUUCCCGAUGAUCAGCGACCGGAACACUCGUGAGAGCACCGAGACUUCCGGAGGCGACGGCGACGAAGGCGGGAUCAUCCAGGACUCGCUGGAGAUGUUCGAUGAUGUCGAGCAGGCGGUUAACCGGUGGCGUGCAGCCGAGCGGACAGCGGAUGAGCUGGCCAACAACAAGAACAUACUGUCUCUCCGGCGCGGCAGUGCUAGUGAUUUCAAUACCGACAGUGCGGAUGACGCUAAGGGGUGA